CUCCAAGUAAACAUGUCAACUAAGGCCUCGUCUCAAAUGUCGUCUGAACAAACAAGUGCAUCUCCUCAUCGCCGCCGUACUCCCUUCUCAUGGCUCUCCAAGCGUCUCCGUUCCUCAGCAUCACGGUCAAGGCUUCCCACCGUCCAACCAAACACCGCUCCACCCAGCGCCAAGACAACCGUAGAAGAUGCGCAUACACCCGCGACAUCGACCUCGCCACACCCUGAAAGCGAAAGUGCAGGCCAGAGUGCUUACGAGUUGGACCCGUACCAAAAUUCAUCCGUGUCUUCGCUGUUGCCGACUGAGGAGAUUGGUGAUGCGGAAACGUACUUGUCGUCGUACAUCUCACCACCAUUGUCGCUGGCGACGACGAAUACUACGGCACCUACGGAUGGAUUGAGCAUCAUGACGCUGGCGUCGUCGUCUCGUCGACUUUCACGAGCAACUGGAAUGGAGGAUGCAAGUGUUCGCGCAAUUGCUCCCAGCUCAAUCUACCCACGUCAUGGAGAUGAUUCAGAAUACGACACAGACAGACGAGGAAGUCUUGGAACGAGUUAUGCGGGACCAGCGAGGAGGGAGAGCGUACAGACUACCUCCCGGCUCACGGUUGAUACGAACUACGACCGUCGAGGGAGCACGCAGAGUAUCCCGCCGUUGUCGCCGGUCGCAACGGAUAGUGAGUCAGUGCAUGCAGUGAGUUUCAGGGACGAUGCGAGCAUGCGCGCUCUGCCGCCCAGAAGUAUCAUCAACGUCAAUAUCUCCUACAACCCAUUCAAUGCGGAAUCUGACCGUGCUUCUAUCUCAUCUUCUGUCCGCGCUAUCGCUCCUGGCUCUAUCCUUCUCAAUGACGAUGCAUCUCUGAAAAAAACGACUGACACGCCUGAUGACAGGAGUGCGAGGGGCAGUGUGGGGAGUCUAGCUAUGUGGAAAAGGUACGCUUCACAACGGGGUGGAGGAGGAGGCGAUGGAGUCAGUGUGGUGAGUGUGGACGAGGAUGCGAGUGUGCGCGCUCUGGCACCGAGAAGCCGGGGUGGGAGCUUGGUGAACUUUGGGGGAAGGGAAGGGGAUGUUGAGGAAGUGAGUGAUGAGGGAAGCGAAAAGGGAGAAAGUGAUGCCGGAGAUGAAGGUGAGGAUUCCAGGGGUUGAUCGUGGGCCCCUAUGGCAGCAAAGUCGGGGGUUCGGAGGAGGCAAUCUAGGAUACAUCUAGGCCGUCUUGGAACAACGUAUAGCCUAUCCACGCAUUUACGUUUAUCCGAGUGUUGACUAUCAGGAGGUCGUUGACC